AUGGCGAGGGGCACAAGUGUCACAAAAAUGGGGUGGGCCCCACGCGAAACGCGAGGGGCCUCACGACGACUGAAAUGUUCUCGCCAAAACUGGCGAGGUCGCAAGGGUACAGCGGGCGACACUGCCUCUCGAACAUGCGAAAGGCGGGGGGCUGGUCAAUCUUGCUCGUCAAUCUUCUCGCGCUAUUCUAACAUGGCAUCUAGAGCUAGGUUUAGGAUCCUCCUCACGCUUCCGCCCUAGCAUACGCCCUCGCCCUAGCCUAGCGCGAUUCGCCCUAGCCUUGCGCCUCGUUGUUAGUCGUCGUCCCCCCCCCCCCCCCCCCCUCCGUCCCUGCUAGACCCUCGUUGGCCCCUCAGCGUCAGCCCGCUAGCUAGCGCCAGCUGACGUGAGCACAUGCCAGCUAGCGCCCGAGCCAGCUCGCCAGUACCAGCCGACGCCAGCUGCCGCAAGCCAAAUCCAGCCCGCACCAGGGCCAACCGGCCAGCGCCAGCCAAUGCCAGCCCGCACUAGCACCAGCCGCCACAAUCCGUCAGCGCUAGCCGCCAGCCGCCAGCGCUAGCCGUCCGCCACCCACGCCAGCAGCACGCUCCCAGCCACCAGUUCUCGCCGCGCUUGCCGCCAUCUACCAGUGCCAACAGCUCGUUGCCAACGCCAGCCGCCAGCCGCCAGCAUUAACAGCGCUUGCCGCCAGCCACCAGCACCAGCCAUCAGCGCCAGCGCCAGCAGCGCGCCGCCAGCGCCAGCCGCCAGCCAGCUGUCGGCGGCUCCUAACUCGCCAACACCGGCUUGCUACCGCCAGCCAGUAGCCACUAGCUUGCAACCGCCAGCUAGCAGCCGCCAACUCGCUACUAGCCGUUGCCAACUCACCGCCGCCAGCCCGCCGCCAUCAGCUCGUCACCGCCAGCGGCCAGCGCCAGCUUGCAGCUCGUCGCCGGCCGCCAGCCGAUGUCUCGCUGCUCGCCGCUGCCAGCCAGCCGCCAGCUCGCCGCCUUGCCACCGCCAGCCCGCGGCUCGCCGCUGCCGCUAACCACUACCGACAGCGCCAGUAGCGGUAGUUGCCAGCGCUAGUUUGCCGCUUGCCGCUUGCCGCCAGCUGCCAGCCUGCACCUUGCGGUCUGCCGCACGCUGCCGCCUCCUGCCGCUAGCAGCUUCCAGCCAACUACUGCCAUCACUGCCCCUCCUCGCAGCCCACUCCUCUUUCUCCUAGCAGACUCCUACAGCUCGACGUUGCUGCCACUUCCGCCUCUGUCCGCCAGCCGCUGCCAUGACGACCCAAUCCUCCACUACCCUAGGUCGUCUCCUACUGUCAUUCCUUUUCCACGGCCUAGCCUCCUUCUCCACUGAAGUGGACCUCGUUGCGCACCUGCACUCCCUUGAGGCUUGCUGGCGUGCAGCCUGCUUUGAGGAACAGCAUAUCGCCCACUUCCCCCCCACCUACGUCACCUUGUACCCCUUGCCACCCACCUCCCUGACCGUCGCACCCCUGCACGAGACGCUCUCCUCGCACAACCCCCCACUGCCCUAACUGUCACUGAGUUUUCCACCGCCUUGACGAUGGUUGAGUCGCACCUCCCUGCCAUCGCUGACACCACUAGCACAGUGGCAGUCCCAAUCUUUCAGGGCGAACCUGCACCCCAGCUCUCUAUCUCUAGGGCCUGUACCUCUGUCGCGAAGAUCACUGAGACAGCUGCAAAGGUCACUAAGCCCAGUCGCUCCUCUGGACAGAGGGACAAGGGCAAGGGAGGCAAGGGUCAUGGGGCGUCGGCAGCGGCGAGUGGAGGGGGUGCAGGGGCAGACGAAGAGGCUGGUUCGACGGAGUCGGAGACUGCGCAAAAGCAGCAACAGCCGCCGCCACAACAAAGGUUGCAGAAGCAGCCGCAGCUACCACGGGGGCAGGCGGGCCCUCGGAGUGGUGGAGGCCGUGGAGUCCGAAGAGAUUGGGCCUCAUGGCAGUCGGUGCCCUGGGGGUCGCGUGGCUCUUCUGUGGGCCAGGGUGUUGGUGGUCCUAGAGGCGUUGGGAGUUGAACAUACCAGCUGCUGACCGGCCCCCAGUAUGGCCAAGCCUGCGGGCGCACGGGCCAUGGGCACCGAGCCCAGUGGUCUAUAUGCAGAGCAGGUAUGCUGCCUUAUGUACUUGAUGACGUGCACUCGACGAGAUCUAGGGACAUGCAUUUGACUCGAUCUAGCGUACCCUCUAAGUAUCCUUGCUUGCUUUGUGGUGAUAGGCAGGCACCGACUAGUCCACUGGUCUGCAGUUAAGAGGGUGAUGCGGUAUCUGGCGAGUACAUCAGGACUGGGGCUUGUACUAGGAGGACGGGAGCUAGUGGUGCUGACUGGACACACUGACGCUUCGUGGGUUAACAACUUGGAGACGCUCAGGUCCUCACAGGGCUAGAAUUUUUGUCUUGGUUCUGGUGCAGUCUCGUGGAGGUCCACUAGGUCGUUGUCUACACCUAGUUGAGACAGCCCCAUACUUAAACCCUGUAUCCCUCUCUCUAUUGCUCCUCAUUCUCUCAAUCUUGAUAUGAUGUUAGAGCUAGGUUGGAUUCUCUCUAGCGCCACGCUUCCGCCUUUACUGUAGCUUUUUUCUUUCUUUCUAUUUCCCCCCCAACUCACGCUCUCCAAUUUCGUGCUCCGUA